AUGGCUUCCAGCAAGCUGUCUUACCUCAUCGUCGGAGCAGGCGUGUUUGGUGUUUCUACUGCCUAUCAUCUUAUCAAAAAGUACCCAAAAGCAUCUGUAACUAUAGUCGAUCGGGAUGCCUAUGAUGCAGACAGCCGCGUGGCCGCCUCUUGGGACUGGAACAAGGUGGUGCGCGCCGACUACGACGACAUUAUAUACUGCCAACUCGCACUAGAGGCACAAGACAUUUUCAAGUCCGAUCCACUUUGGAAGCCAUAUUUCCACGAGACUGGAAUUUACUGGAUCUGCCGGAGCGAUUACGCUCAGGAUGUAGUCAAUAACUACAAGCGUCUCGGACGGAAAGCUGAUCUUGCCGCCGUGCCCAUUGAGGAGGCCCGCAAGCUGUAUGGCGGACUUUUCGAGGACGCCGAUUAUACUGGCGUCAAGGAGGUGCUUGUCAACAAGAGCAGUGGAUGGGCUGCCGCCGGUGAUGCUUUGCGGGCAGUCACUCGCAAAUGCCUAGAUCUGGGUGUCAAAUAUCACGUCGGCGAGGUUGCAGCACUCUCGAUCAACAAAGACGGCCAGUGUUACGGAAUCAAAACAACGAAGGGAGAGGUCUUGACAGCCACUCAUACUAUCCUAUGUACGGGAGCAUACACACCUAAGUUGCUGGAGUAUGCCGCUGCGAGCAGCGGUGUUGCGGACCUUCGGGCAGGGUCGAGAAUUGUAGCCGGUGGCAUCACUACAGGGAUGACCAAGCUGGACGAGAAAUCAUAUAAGAGGUUUGCAGACAUGCCUGUUGGUGUGCAGGGGUAUACAGCUGAACAGGGCCCAUUCAUCGGCAGUCUUCCGCCAACUCCAGAUAAGGAGCUCAAAUGGUGGGGACAAACGAUUUUCAAGAACACCAGAGAAAUAUUACCCGGUCGUUUCCUCUCAGCUCCGCCUGCGGAGUCUGAUUACGCUCAAUGGAAUGUUUCUGGAAGACUGAAGGAGGAUAUCGAUCAUGCCAAUCAGGUGUUUUAUGGGAAGAACGGUGCGACCUGGAAGAUGGAGAAGCACCGCAUUUGCUGGGAUGCCUUCACAACAAGUAACGACUUCAUCAUAUCACCACACGCGGGUGCAAAAGGUUUAUACGUCGCUACUUGCGGCUCUUUUCACGGCUACAAGUUCUUCCCUGUACUGGGCAAGUAUGUGGUACAGAUGCUGGAGGGUGAGCUGUCUUCUGAAUUAGUAGAAAAGUGGGCCUGGGAUCGUGAAAGGCCAGACCCUUCACUAAACCCUGACUGGCCAAGAUCAGAAAUGAAGGAUCUCGUGGACUCUGCGAAGACGUCGCGCUUGUAG